AUGACACAGGUGCGCGCGGCCGUGCGGGGACUCUGGCACCUGUGUGACCACGUGGGUGGGUGGGGGGACACCGCGCGCGCUCCUGUGCGUGACGGCGACCGUCGGUGUGGGACAGUGACCCGGUCGGAGCGCUUGGGUUCCAUCCCCCUGUAUGAUGAUGAUGAUGAUCUCAACACUAAGAAACCUUUAAUUCAGGACGUGCCCAAGCCCACCCCGGCCGGCCGCCACUGCUCUGGCCUGGCCCGGCGGGUGCUGACUAUCACCUUCGCGCUGCUCAUCUUGGGCCUCAUGACCUGGGCCUACGCCGCCGGGGUGCCGCUCGCCUCCGAUCGCUACGGCCUCCUGGCCUUCGGUCUCUACGGGGCUUUCCUCUCCGCACACCUGGUGGCGCAGAGCCUCUUCGCGUACCUGGAGCACCGGCGGGUGGCGGCGGCGGCGCGGCGGGCGGCGGCGCGGGGGCCCCUGGAGGCGGCGGCGGCGCGCAGCGUGGCGCUGACCAUCUCGGCGUACCAGGAGGACCCGGCGUACCUGCGCCAGUGCCUGGCGUCCGCCCGCGCCCUGCAGUACCCGCGCGCGCGGCUGCGCGUCCUCAUGGUGGUGGACGGCAACCGCGCCGAGGACCUCUACAUGGUGGACAUGUUCCGCGAGGUCUUCGCCGACGAGGACCCCGCCACCUACGUGUGGGACGGCAACUACCACCAGCCCUGGGAACCCGCGGCGGCGGGCGCUGCAGGCGCGGGCGCCUACCGGGAGGUGGAGGCCGAGGACCCGGGGCGGCUGGCGGUGGAGGCGCUGGUGAGGACGCACAGGUGCGUGUGCGUGGCGCAGCGCUGGGGCGGCAAGCGCGAGGUCAUGUACACGGCCUUCAAGGCCCUCGGCGACUCUGUGGACUACGUGCAGGUCUGUGACUCGGACACAAGGCUGGACCCCAUGGCACUGCUGGAGCUGGUGCGGGUACUGGACGAGGACCCCCGGGUAGGAGCUGUUGGGGGGGACGUGCGGAUCCUUAACCCCCUGGACUCCUGGGUCAGCUUCCUAAGCAGCCUGCGGUACUGGGUGGCCUUCAACGUGGAGCGGGCUUGUCAGAGCUACUUCCACUGUGUGUCCUGCAUCAGUGGUCCCCUAGGCCUGUACAGGAACAACCUCCUGCAGCAGUUCCUUGAGGCCUGGUACAACCAGAAGUUCCUGGGUACCCACUGCACCUUUGGGGAUGACCGGCACCUCACCAACCGCAUGCUCAGCAUGGGCUACGCGACCAAGUACACCUCCCGGUCCCGCUGCUACUCCGAGACUCCCUCGUCCUUCCUGCGCUGGCUGAGCCAGCAGACGCGCUGGUCCAAGUCCUACUUCCGCGAGUGGCUGUACAACGCGCUCUGGUGGCACCGGCACCACGCGUGGAUGACCUACGAGGCGGUGGUCUCCGGGCUCUUCCCCUUCUUCGUGGCGGCCACCGUGCUGCGGCUCUUCUACGCGGGCCGCCCGUGGGCGCUGCUGUGGGUGCUGCUGUGCGUGCAGGGCGUGGCGCUGGCCAAGGCGGCCUUCGCGGCCUGGCUGCGCGGCUGCCCGCGCAUGGUGCUGCUCUCGCUCUACGCGCCGCUCUACAUGGGCGGCCUCCUGCCCGCCAAGUUCCUGGCGCUGGCCACCAUGAACCAGAGUGGCUGGGGCACCUCUGGCCGGCGGAAGCUGGCCGCCAACUACGUCCCCCUGCUGCCGCUGGCCCUCUGGGCUCUGCUGCUGCUGGGAGGCCUGGUCCGCAGCGUGGCGCACGAGGCCCGGGCCGACUGGAGCGGCCCUGCCCGCGCCGCCGAGGCCCACCACCUGGCCGCCGGCGCUGGCGCCUACGUGGGGUACUGGGUGGUCAUGCUGACGCUCUACUGGGUGGGCGUGCGGAGGCUCUGCCGGCGGCGGUCGGGUGGCUACCGAGUCCAGGUGUGAGUCCAGGUGUGCGGGCUGCCCG